AAACAGAAUGAAUUUGCAUCGGACUCCCAACUUGACUAGAGAAGAGAAAUCAUUGCAUUAAGGCUAAUGGCCACAAUGGACAAACUCAUUGUGACUUGGUCAUUGUGUCUCAUUUAUAAAUAGCCACCAUGUGAAGCUAUAACACAUUAUUACUGCUUAGUCUGGUUCACAACCAAAAGUAAAAGAUACAAGUAGGAAGAAUAAGCACAAAGAGUGGCAAUGGCAAGUACAAAAACUGAGUUAUACUUUGUUUUCAUGAACUACGAUCCUGAAUACGAGCGGCUUCGAUCUGAUAGUAAAACAAAGAAAGGUGCAUAUGAGCUUGAUUUGUACUUGAGUAAGAAGCAUGAUGAGUUGUUAGCCAGUACCCUGGAGCCAGGCAGCUAUAAAAAGACAUUGUCUUUGGUUAUUGUUGAUGGGUUUGCAGUUAAAAUCACUGAUGAUCAGGCAAAUGCGCUUAGAUCUGCAAAGGGAGUGAGGGUUGUGGAGAAGAAUCAAGAGAUUGCCUAGUGUGGGAGAGAAGAGGCCAGCUUGAUGUUUAAUCCUUGUAGAGAGCUAGCAGAAAUGGGGGUUUGUAUGACAUAAUCAUUUAUACAUAUAUGUUUAAGGCUUGUGUGUCUGUGGGUUAUAUAUAUAUAUAUUUAUUAAGGACAAGGAAUAUAUCUUGUAUUGGGCCUAUUGACAUUGUUUCUCCUGAUGCCCAUUGGGAUGCCACUGAAUGCCACAUAUCUAGUUUCUAGUUUUGGAUUCUUCAA